AUGGUACUAUGGAAUCAAGCAACUAUUCUUAAGCUACUGUGGGCAGUAACAAAAGAGAAGGAGAGCUUGUGGAUAAAAUGGUUGCAGGUAUAUUAUAUGAAAGGGCAAUCUGUUGAAGUAUGCUCCAUCCCAACAAAUGCUACUUGGGUGUUGAGAAAGAUUGUUGAGGUUCAAAAAAUCAUCUUGAAUACACAACACUUGCAAGGUGAUCUAAAUAGCAGGCUAGCACUGAUGGUCCACAAUGGUAGAUUCUCGAUCAAAAAGAUGUACAUUAGCCUACUCCCUAUUUACCAAAAGAUGCCAUGGAAGAGUAUUGUUUUGCAUCCCAUCAUUCAUCCCAGAUUUAAAUUCACUUGUUGGCUGGAUGCUUGGCAAAGAGUCGCUACAGCUGAUAGACUAUUGAAAAUUGGUAUCCAUGUCCCUCUUGAGUGUAGCUUCUGUAAUAAUGCAAUGGAGACUGUUGAACAUUUGUUUUUUGAUUGGACUAUCACAAAGGAUUUAUGGGCACGUUUGCUGAUUUGGUUAGGCUUUACAAGAAGUAUUGAUGGCUGGAAAAAUGAACUACUUUGGGUUAAUGCUCAAGCUAAAGGUACAUCUGGAAAAGGUGCGUUGGUUAGUUGUUAUUUCGUCACACUGGUAGCAUUGCUCUGGAGGGAGAGGAAUAAAAUCAGAUUUGAACAGGGUCAGCUUCAAGUGGACAAGUUCUUAAGAGAAAUUGCCUAUCAUCUUCAUGUGAGAGCUCAAACUCGUCCAAGAUGGAAGGCUGCUCUUACCUUGAUAGUUGGAAUUCCGUAG